AUGGAGGAUUCCGGCGACAAGAAGAGGCGCCGCCACGAGGGGGAGGAGGAGGAGGAAGGGAAGUCUCCGGAGGCUAAGCGUUUCCGUGAUCACGAGAUCCUACUCGACAUCCUCGACGACGACCACGCUGCAUCCGGUGACGACGUUGCUUCGGUGAUGAAGAGUCUCGAGGAGGAAAUCUCGCCGCCCUCGCCGCCGGCGGUUAGGGGAUUCGUGGCGCCCGACCAGCCUGACUUGGGGUACCUUCUCGAGGCCUCUGACGACGAGCUCGGCCUUCCGCCGGCGGCGUCGUGCUCGUCCGACGAAGGGUGCGAGGCUUCCGAGGCGGCGAUUGCUGUCGAGGAUGGGGGAGAGUUUGGCGGCGUCGGGUUUGGCCAGAUCUGGGGGCUCGAUGACGAGAUUGACGGAUAUGGUGGCUUCGGGUGGGGGCUCCGGCCGGAGGAGAUGGCGGAGGACGGGCUGGUGUACGAUGGCGGGCUGUUUGAUUACGCCGAUGACCUUUACCCGAUGUCCGAUUUGGGGGAGUUCUCGUGGCGGUAA